AUUAAUCAGAGCUGCAAAAUAGCUCCUAGCUUGCAAAUAGCCCCUCGCAAUGUGCUUCGACUCAUGUCAAAUCGUACGGAAGUAAUUCACCUCACGCGACAUUCCUUUGUCCCGGCAUCAUUCACGUAUAUGGGCUCUACGAAUUUGGGCUCGACCCAGGCAUACGAGCUAGCCUCGUAUGAUUCUUCGUCGUCGUGCUACAGACAUAAUUCCUUGACGCGACACCGCAGUGGCACUGGUUGACCCUAGCAAAUUCAAGUUCAAUGAUUAAAUGCUAGGAUAGCACAGAUUAGUGCAAUUGCAUGGAUUUCAACAGUUGGAAAGAGCUGGAAAGAGUGGGAAAGAGUUGGAAAGAUUUAAUACUGUGAUGAGCGUCGCUCGUGAUAGACACUGACAAUGUGAGCAUGUAGACGGAAGCCUCGUGUGAAGUAAGUGGGUGUGUGCGCGUAUGUGGCAGUGACAUUUGGA